AUGAAUAUUUCUAAAACCUUGUUUAGCGUAUUUUUUGUCUUGUUUUUUAUAAGCAGUUAUAAUGUAAAAUGCCAACUGCGAUUUGCUUCAUUAGGAAAUUGGGGUAAGGAAAGUAAAUCCCAAUUGUUGAAUGCAAAAUAUUUGAAACAAUUUAUAAAGAGUGAAAGAGUAACAUUUAUAGUUAGUCCCGGAUCCAAUUUUGUGGAUGGGGUAAAAGGAUUAAAUGAUCCAUCAUGGAAAAGUUUAUAUGAAGAUGUAUAUGAAGAAGAAAAAGGGGAUAUGUACAUGCCCUUUUUUACAGUAUUAGGUACAGGUGAUUGGACAGGUAAUUAUAAUUCUGAAGUUUUAAAAGGUCAAGGUAUAUAUACUGAAAAAGAUGGAGUAACAACAAUUGAAAAUGAUGACGAAAAAACUAAAUAUCCUAAAUGGAUUAUGCCAAAUUAUUGGUAUCAUUAUUUCACCCAUUUUACCGUAUCAAGUGGCCCAUCAAUAGUUACAACUGGACAUAAAGACAUGGCAGCUGCUUUUAUAUUUAUAGACACAUGGAUAUUAUCAGCAAAUUUUCCAUAUAAAGAUAUACAUAAUAAAGCAUGGGAAGAUUUAAAAUUACAAUUAAAUGUUGCUAAAAAAGUUACAGAUUUUAUAAUUGUUGUUGGAGAUAAACCAAUUUAUUCAUCAGGCUUAUCAAGAGGUAAUUCAUAUUUAUCAUAUUAUUUAUUACCAUUGUUAAAAGAAGCUCAAGUCGAUUUAUAUAUAUCAGGACAUGAUAAUAAUAUGGAAGUAAUUGAAGAUAGUGAUAUAGCAUUUGUUAAUUGUGGAUCUGGUGCCAUAUCAAGUGGAAAAUCGUCUAUAAAAUCUCCCAAAUCUCUUUUUUUUAGUAGCGAUAUAGGUUUUUGUAUUCAUGAAUUAACUAAUAAUGGACUAGUUACUAAAUUUAUAAGCAGCAACACUGGAGAAAUUGUAUAUACCCAUAAAUUAGGAUUAAAAAAAAGAAAAACAUUAGAUAAAGUUAACUCUUUACAAUAUUUUGCUACCUUACCUAAAGUUGAAUUAAUUGAUGUACCUGCUGCUGGACCAAUGGGAAAUAAAGAUACAUUUGUUAGAAUCGUCGGAACAAUUGGUAUACUUAUAGGUUCAGUAAUAGCUUUUAUGGGAUUUUCCUCUUUUUUAUCAAAGAAUAUGAAAUAA